CUAAAAGCCUUUGCGUCUAGUUUGGGUAAAAUCUAAAGCAAACAGAAGAGAUUCCUAUGAUUUUGUGUUGCAACCUGCCUUAGCUGAAGUUGUCUGUUUUACUCCCCCUAGUGCUCCACAGGGGGGCUCCUAAUCAUGUGCGAAGUGUUGGUGCUGUGUGGGUAGAAGUUGUUUCCAGUUUUUUUUUUCACUUUGUUUCUCUGUUCCUGUUCAUCCCGAAGAGAGAGCUGGAGGGAAUUAAGACUCCUCCUUCCUUGUACUUUAAACUCAGCUGGACAUGAAUCUGCUCAUCCUCGAACGCUUCUAAAAUAACCUAUAGUGUUUAAUGUUCUCUGAUGCUGGCUCUUCCUGGAAGAUUUUCUAACGUUGUUUAAUUAGAGCAGGUCUUGCUUCUCCUAAUUCUAUCAAAGUAUUCUAUAUCUACUAUUCCUGCAUCAGCAACACUUGUAUACUUGGCUCGUUCUCAAUGGGUGGAGUUGAAAGUAGCAUUCCUCUGUUUGUUCCUGGUGACCUGUUCUAAGGCUUUCAUCUCAAAGAAGAAUCUUGGAUAUAGCAUCACUUGAAUCGUGGGUGGCUUUAUUUAUUUACUUUUCUCACACUGUCCUCGAUGAUGUCUUGGAAGAGGAGUUAUUUCUCUACGGGUCGAGGAGGGGUGCAUGAGAUGUUUACCCCACGCAAUUCCAUAUCCAUCGCUCCAAGCAAGGGCCUGAUUAAUGAACCGGGACAAAAUAGCUGCUUCCUGAACAGUGCACUGCAGGUUUUGUGGCAUCUUGACAUAUUCCGCCGGAGCUUCCGACAGCUAACUACACACAAGUGUAUGGGGGAUUCCUGUAUAUUCUGUGCUCUUAAGGGGAUAUUCAACCAAUUCCAGUGUAGCAGUGAGAAGGUACUACCAUCAGAUGCUCUGCGCAGUGCCCUUGCCAAGACGUUUCAAGAUGAGCAGCGUUUCCAGCUGGGUAUUAUGGACGAUGCAGCAGAAUGCUUUGAAAAUCUUCUAAUCCGCCUCCACAUUCACAUCGCAGAUGAGUCCAAAGAAGAUAUCUGCACUGCUCAGCACUGUAUUUCUCAUCAGAAGUUUGCAAUGACUCUGUUUGAACAGUGUGUCUGUACUAGCUGUGGUGCCACAUCAGAUCCAUUGCCUUUUAUACAGAUGGUGCAUUAUAUCUCUACUACUGCACUUUGCAACCAGGCAAUAUGUAUGUUGGAAAGAAGAGAGAAGCCAACACCCGACAUGUUUGGUGAAUUAUUACAGAAAGCUAGUACUAUGGGAGACCUGAGGAACUGUCCAAGUAACUGUGGUGAGAAAAUCCGAAUCCGUCGUGUGCUCAUGAACGCCCCUCAGAUCAUUACCAUAGGCUUGGUGUGGGAUUCUGAUCACUCGGAUUUGGCAGAGGAUGUUAUACACAGCCUUGGAACCUGCCUGAAGCUUGGGGAUUUAUUUUAUAGGGUUACAGAUGAUCGAGCAAAGCAUUCUGAGCUGUAUCUCGUAGGAAUGAUCUGCUACUAUGGCAAGCAUUACUCCACAUUCUUCUUUCAAACCAAAAUUCGCAAAUGGAUGUAUUUUGAUGACGCCCAUGUAAAAGAGAUUGGUCCAAAAUGGAAAGAUGUGGUGACAAAGUGUAUUAAAGGUCAUUACCAACCACUACUGCUUCUAUAUGCUGAUCCCAGGGGAACGCCAGUAACUGUACCAGACAUGAUGGAUCUGCGACAGUACAGUAGAACUUGUUAUGACAGUGAGGACUCGGGCAGGGAGCCUUCUAUCUCCAGUGAUACAAGGACAGAUUCCUCCACAGACAGCUGUCACUACAAGCACUCACAUCAUGAGUCUGUGGUGAGCCAUUUCUCCUCUGACUCACAAGGCACCGUUAUCUACAACCUUGAGAGCGAUGCUGCGUCACAGAGUAGCAGAGAUACGGGACAUCUAACAGACAGCGAGUGUAAUCAGCGACACUUUUCAAGGAAAGGACCUUUGACUGACCGAAAGCGCAGUUCCAGCCGACCUCGGAGAAAAGGAGAUGAAUCCCAGUCAUCGGGAUAUCAUAGUGAAGGUCUGACUUGCGGUGAAACUCUGAAGGAGAAGCAGGCUCCAAGAGCAGGGCUGAAACUUUCCAGCAGUUCAAGCAGACUGAGAGACUUUAAAGCAACAGUUAGCAAUAUGAUUCACAACAGACCAUCACAGGCGUCACAGACAAUGCAAAGCUUGCAUCACGUUGGAAGUGCUGUAGAUCAGACAGAGAUUAAGCCACUGUCCAGUUUAGCAGUACAACCCAGAGACUGGGAGUUGGAAAACAACAGCAAUGAGGCAAAGUCUGGCUUAUCUAAUAGGUAUCGACCUCCCUGGCGCCCCACACGGGAGCCCUUAAAUGUGGACAGUAUAUUCAGGUCAGAAAAGAGGAUUAAUUCUACAUAUAGUCCACUUUGUCCCUUUGCAGAAGACCCUGCUAAGGAAUUUUCAGUCAGUGAACAACGAGAGAACGGCAACUCUGAUUUAAAGGAGAGGCAUCCAUGUGUGAAAUACAGGAACUGGGGUGUGGGACGCGGCGCUCCUCACCUUGGUGAUCACCAGCAGCCCCGUCUCAUCCAGAGGAUGGAGUCCGGCUAUGAAAGCAGUGAACGGAACAGCAAUAGUCCCGUCAGCAUGGACUUGCCUUUAUCAGAAAACUGUAGUGCUUUUCGGGAAUAUCACUCAAGGAAAAGUCCCGGUACAGCUCCGGCUCCUACCUGGCGAAGCAUUCCAAAGUCUCAGAGCAGCAACGCAUUGGAUAUGGCGGAUUCUGCUUCCAGUGUUUGGGUGAAGGUGCAUCCGUCACACGUUGUUACAGCAACAGAAAACCCUGUUCCUUUGAAGACCGAGCUAGAUGAGCUUCAGGAAGAAGUGCAGAGAAGGGCCAGGGAGCAGGAGUUGCGCUGGAAACGGGAGAAGGAAAUUGAGGCCGCUAUGGGCUUUAAUCCACGACCCCGCCGCUUUUUAGACGUGGAUGAGUUACAGAAUCAGGGAAGGAGUGACAGCUUUGAUCGGUCCAUCCAGGAGGCAGAUUCCGUCUUUGAACAGUCACUGAGGCUGGAGCAGAAGGGAGAUUACACUACAGCUAUGGCACUGUGUAAUGAAGCUAUUUCUAAAUUCAGACUUGCCAUGCAUGAUGCCAGAUCUAGCACACACUGCAGAGCCCUAGCAGAUCAGAAGUUUCAAAUGUGUUUACGACAAGCACGAAGUCUCCAGGACCACAUGCUGCUGCCGCCGGCAAUUCCUCAAGCGCUGCCACCAGCUUACCCCUCACCACAAGGGGGAGCUAUAAAUCAAUCUACAAGUGACCAGACUAUCUCGGACAAAAUUCCAAUGAAGCGACAGAUCAUGCCGGAGACAAACACAAAGGAGGACUUUGCAUCUACUCCAUUAACACACUCGUUCGCCUCUAGCCAUGAGUUGCUUCCUUCGCCUGCUGAGUCUUCCAGCUUGUCACCUUCUGAGCAUUGCCCAUGUAGCAAGACAUUUGCAAACUACCGUGCUCCUACAGAUCCCAAUUCCCCAGAGAGUGCCUCAUCUUCUGUACAAAGCACGGCUGAUAAAAUGGUGAGAACAGAGAAUUCUAGCCCAGAUUCUCAUAACAAAAAGCAAAAGGGUGAAAGAAGUAACAAUGGAAGUCCUGAUAAUGGUAAGGUGGCUGAGGAGCACGAAGCUAAAGAUGGUCUCCUUACUCUCAGGAAGAUGAAGCUCAAUGGCAUUAAAUCUGGCUCUUUACCAUCAUUACUAUUUCCAUGGGCACGUCGCACACAAGUGCAGUCUCCGGACAAAAGCAACCCACCGACUUACUGUCACAAAUCUGUCAGUACAGAAAUCCAUGCAAGUGAAGACAAAGUUGGUUCCUCCAGUGUCACUUCAGUUUCUCCAGCUGGUUCAACAGGAUUUACCAUUCAACCAGCCAAUGUGUCAUCUAAGGCAAACAGCCAGGAUACCUUAUUAGAUAAACCAUCUGAGUUAAAUAUCUCUGAGCCCAACAAAGUUGAGGCACCUAAAAGUAAAGGGUUAGUGCGCUCGCUGGCAGAGCAGUUUCAAAGGCUGCAAGGGGGUUCACCAAAGAGAAGUAGUUUUGGUGUGAAUUUUACAGGAAUUGACAGUUUUGAGCAGAAGCCUUCAAUUGGUGAUCAAAUUCAAGAUUCUUUAAAUCUCCUAGAUACAGAGUCUAAUCCGCAACCUCUGAUUAGCCAAGAGAAUAAAUCCGUCAGCACAGAUCAAACGAGCACUUCCCCAGAAUCUGAGGAUGGCUUUUGUAAUAUAAAUGGUUCCAGUUUGCAAAAUAUUGGGUCACUCAAGGAACCAAAACCAGAGGCUGAUUUGGGUAGCCAUGGGAAGUUCUACUGCAAAUCGGAGAAGAAGGUGAAAUUUGCAAGCACUGUCCAUUUGCCUGCCUCUCUGCCCACAAACCAGUGGGUUGAUAAUGUCAGUCGAUAUUACAGUCCCCAAAUGGAUGGUAAAAAUGUGGAACACCGUACUUACUCAAGUUUGUCCCCCGCUCGAAAGCCCAUAAGAUGUGGCUUAUCCAAGAGCUCCCUUGAUCUACGCCAGGACUGGAAGCAGGAUAUUAAACAAGAUAUUUCCGAACUGGAUGCCUUGUAUAACAGCAGCCUGCAGUCUUGUCCAGGCAAUAGGAAUAUGCAGUGGAGAGCUGAGCAUCAAAGACAGACAUUAGGAAAACCACUUUUGGACAAUACGUCUACGAGAAAAGUAACUGGCCGAGGUCUGUCACGGACUCCAACAGCAGAGAUAGAGCGCAGUCUCUGUGGAACCACACACUCACCUGUACCUAAGGUCACUCAAGUAAGGGACCAAAGCAGGGAUCCCGAGGAUGAUGAACUUUACAGUGCAGAGAACUUUCGGCGGCUUGCACGGAGCCUCAGUGGAACAGUCAUCUCUGGCAGAGAAGAGACUUUAGUCUCUUCUCACAGUUUUGAGGCACCCAAUGAGAGGAAACCACUUGUGGACAGCAGUCAUCGCUCUCACAGCUCCUCCUCCUACCCUUAUACCCACAACCCUUCUGUCUUAUCCUAUGAACCCCAGCACUACCCAACCCAGAUACAGCACCCAUCUCAUGAGGUACUGGCGCCCAGCAUGGUGGGUGAGGCACACAGACCACCAGGAGAAACGAACGUCCAAAACAUUUUGGCUAUGCCUGACAGGAGUGAAGGUAUCCGAGGUAACGAAUUCUCAGAUGUGGCAUUGAGCUAUGCAACUCUUCCUAGGGCUCCUAAGACCACUCCUAGCUUAUUCUCAACAUUGCAAAGGUCUUCGCCUGACUCGUGGCAGCAGCUCAGAGCCACUGAACAGAGUGUUCCCAGCUACCACCAGUGGUCAGGACAGCCAGCACAGAUCAACAGAGCAGAACAACAUGCAGUAAACUCCAGCUUCUUGGGCUCACCAGGAGGCAGCUUGCGAAACAGCCCCUUCCAGCCAACAUCCGCUUAUGGAGACUAUGACAGCUACUCAAUGCAUCGUAGGCCACCACCUCCAACUUCAAAUUUCAGCACCUUAAGAAUGCCAAGAAGCUCUUCCAUCGGUAGAGGAGAGACAUGGGGAAGUGCUUUUACUCCGCAGCCUAGAAUUCAGGGUCCAAAGAGAGUGGACAUGCCACCAGAGGAAGACUGGAGACAGAAGAGUUUGACUCCUCCAGUGGGAGUUAGGAGGCAGCAUCCAUCUUACUCUCCACAUAGGACAUUUACAACUGCCCCUGACAUGUACGGUACAACCAGCUGGAGAGGUUCCUCUGCCUUUUAUAGGCAUGGCAGGUAAAUGUAAUUAUAUAGCAGUCCAGCAAGUCUACUUUGCAAAAAGUUGCCAGACUUGCAUCAUACAUCCUUGAUCUAAGCCUUUGUCAUUUAAAGGAUAUUAGUGUGUAGAGUUAUCGCCAGUCUCGUCUUAACACCUUUAAGCCUGUGGAAAGUCCCUUUGUGCUAGAUUUGUGAGCAAGAUUUGGAAUUCCUAAGUAUUACUUUAGAUUGCCAAACUGGUGCAGGAAGGCUUUGCAGUGAACAAGUAUUGGAGCGAACAGGUAAAGUCUCAGCAGUGUAUGAACAUCCAGUUACUUCAGGUGUGUGAAUCUCUGACAAAGCAUUCUUCCACUUAACAUUCAGUGAGAACAAUACCACAUUUUCUACUUUGUCAGUAUGGUGCUCACCCAGCAAUAAUACGAUUCAAAGAGAGAGUUAACGUGUACAGAGCGUCUAUCAGCAAUGAAGUGCAUCAACCUAGACCUUCUUCGGAAACCAUUGCCUUUGCUCUUUCAGACCCUGCUUCAGUUAGCAAUAGUUCUAUGUCGCAGUGGUGGUAAUUAGAGUCAAUUAAACUGUUUGCAGUUAUGUGUUGGUUCCCUUUAGGUGUCUCUGCGACCAAAGGACCUUUCCAGUAACCCAUGCACUGCAGUCCUACAGGGUGUAUAGUUUAAUAUUUGGUCCUCCCUUGACUUUACCUUAAUAGCUUUUCUCUGCCAGAAAGAACCUGCAUUAUUGCUGGCAGUAGAGAGUCGAACCUAUAUUCAGACCACGCAUUAAUGCAGUUGGUCUUCCAGUGGCACUCAAUACAGUAAACCAGCAUGCAGUCAAUAAUGGAUUUGAAGUGUUAUUUGAUAAGCAAACCCAGCAUUAACCAUGCAGAUAGUUAAGCACAAAUCUUGACUACUGUAAAGGAAGGAGAGAGAGGAGGGGAGGGCAGUGCCACGGUUGACUUUAGAAUGACCUGCCCACCCCUUUAUCCUUCCCUCUGGAAAUUGUAGCAAGCUCAUACCAGAUGACUGUUAUCACUGCAUGCUUAAACCCACAGAUGUUAACAGCUAGAGGAAAAAAAAUUAAAUAUUUUAGUGUCAAAACAUUUGCUUUUGUAAGUAUUUUUCAAAUAAAUAUAUAAAAUAGUUCUAUUAAACCGCAUCUGCACUGUUUUUUAUUGUUGUUUCUAUAACUUGGGAAGUAUAUAAAAUACUCUGGAUUUUCUCUGGAAAUGUGAACCCUGGAAAACAUUAAAUAAAUUAUUAUG